UCGGUGUCCUUCCGCUGGAAUCUAGGUCGCAUUUUCACACAGACCACCGAACACGGCUCUCUCUGGUAACUGAAUAGCCAGUGUAAUCUGACACUUCAACUUGCCGUGCUCUACGGUAGUUGAUUCAGUCAGUCAGUCACACCAUCUCCGGGGCUCUCACGUCGUCUUUGUGAAGUGGAGAGACUAGAGCGCGAGAGAGAGGAGCACCGUAAACACGAGGGUUGGCGAAACAAUACGCGGAUUUUCCUCCGAGGUCCGAGCUAAAAAUCACCGCUUAAAGGAGGGGUCAGUGAAGGACCGUGCGUGAGGAAUACAUGAAGGGUGGGGUGGGAGAGGGGGCGGCCACCACAGCGGCAGUACCACCAAGGUCAAAGUUCACACAGAGUACAGAACAUUUAAUGGCGUUCCGGUAGAGACAUCAAGAUGAACACGUUACCAUCGAUGGACCGGCACAUCCAGCAGACCAAUGACAGGCUGCAGUGCAUCAAACAGCACUUACAGAACCCGGCCAACUUCCACUCAGCGGCCACAGAGCUGCUUGACUGGUGUGGAGAUCCCCGGGCCUUCCAGCGACCAUUCGAGCAAAGUCUCAUGGGAUGUCUGACGGUGGUGAGUCGCGUUGCUGCUCAGCAGGGGUUUGACUUGGACCUAGGGUACAGGUUGCUGGCUGUGUGUGCUGCCAACAGGGACAAAUUCACUCCCAAGUCUGCAGAAACCAGCACCUGCAGGAGAUGUCAGAGUGACUCAGCCCUGCUGUCGUCGUGGUGCGAGGAGCUGGGUCGUCUCCUCCUGCUGCGUCACCAGAAGAGCAGGCAGAACGAACCACAGGGAAAGGUCCCCAUGCAGCCCAGCAUGAACAGCAUGAAGCCCGGCCUCACACACAGUGAUGGAUCAUUUCCCUAUGACUCUGUCCCCUGGCAACAAAACUCCAACCAGCCCCCUGGGUCAUUGUCUGUGGUUACAACAGUGUGGGGCGUGACCAAUACAUCACAGAGUCAGGUGCUAGGUAACCCAAUGGUGAAUAGCAAUAACCCCAUGAAUCCUGGAGGUAACUCUAUGGGAUCGGGUCUGUCUGCCAGUGCAGCAGGGCUUAACUCACCCCAGUUCAAUGCUCAGCAGCAACAGUUUCCAAACAAAGGAGGCUCCAACCAACAGUACAUGCAGCAGGGCAUGUACGGCAGGCCUGGCUACCCUGGAGGUCCUGGGGGAUAUAGCGGGAGUUAUUCUGGAGGCCCAAACUCUUCUCAAGGAGGUAUGGGAUUAAACUCCCACUCACGUCCUCCUGGUGACUUCACUCAGCCAGCCGCCGCUGCUGCAGCUGCUGCAGUUGCUGCCGCUGCUGCUACGGCAACGGCCACAGCAACGGCCACGGUGGCAGCUCUGCAGGAAACCCAGAAUAAAGAUAUGAACCAGUAUGGACAGAUGUGUUCUUCGUUCCAAAUGGGCCCUGGACAGGCCUUCAAUAGCCAGUUCAUGAACCAGCCAGGCCCACGAGGCCCCCCUGGAGGUAUGAAUCCAGCCAGCAUGGGAUCAGCCAUGAACAACCCCAAUAUGAGUGGGCCUCCCAUGGGCAUGAACCAGCAUCGAACCCCAGGCAUGGUGCCUUUUGGAGCUCAUGGCCAAAGGAUGCCUCAGCAAGGGUAUCCCGGAGGACCUCGACAGGGCAUGCCCAUGCAGGGGAUGAAGAGGCCAUAUCCUGGGGAGGCAAGUUACGGGGGUCAACAGUAUGGGCCAAACAGUCAGUUCCCACCACAUCAGGGGCAGUAUCCCACAUCAAACACCUCCAGGCCGCUGCCAUCCCCUAACUACCCCGGCCAGAGGAUGCCAGGGCAGCAGGGCCAAGGACAGUACCCACCUGGCAUGCCCAUGAGCCAGUACUACAAGGUCUGUUACGACACACCAUUCAUCAUCUAUCCAUUUUCUACAACAACUUACUCCUACUCAGGGUCAGAAGGGGGCUGGAGCCCAGCAUGCACUGGGCAAAAGCAAGAGCCCUUCAAUGGUCAGAGCACCAACUUCUCUGGCGGCGGAUACUCCUACGGCCAAGGCAAUGGGCCCUCAAGGCCCGUUAACUACCCCCACUCCCCGGUCCCUGGAAACCCCACACCCCCUAUGACCCCAGGAAGUAGUAUUCCUCCGUACCUGUCGCCAAACCAGGAUGUGAAGCCCCCGUUUCCACCCGACAUGAAACCAAAUAUGACAGCACUUCCGCCCCCUCCAACUAACCCCAAUGAGGAGCUGCGGCUGACGUUCCCAGUCAGGGAUGGAGUGGUGCUGGAGCCAUUCCGCUUGGAGCACAACCUGGCUGUCAGUAACCACGUCUUCCACCUUCGACCCUCCGUCCACCAGACCCUCAUGUGGAGGUCUGAUCUGGAGCUCCAGUUUAAGUGCUACCACCACGAAGACAGGCAAAUGAACACCAACUGGCCCGCCUCCGUCCAGGUCAGCGUCAACGCCACGCCGCUCACCAUCGAGAGGGGAGACAACAAAACCUCCCACAAACCCCUGCACCUGAAGCAUGUAUGCCAACCUGGAAGAAACACCAUCCAGAUUACAGUCACCGCCUGCUGUUGUUCCCACCUGUUUGUGCUACAGCUGGUCCACAGGCCAUCUGUUCGAUCCGUCCUACAGGGGCUCCUGAAGAAAAGACUCCUUCCUGCAGAACACUGCAUCACCAAGGUUAAGAGGAACUUCAGCAGUGUUGCAGCCUCGGCAGGCAGCACUACUCUUAACGGGGAGGACGGUGUGGAGCAGACGGCCAUUAAAGUGUCACUGAAAUGUCCCAUAACCUUCAGACGCAUCCAACUACCUGCACGAGGGCAUGACUGCAAACAUGUCCAGUGCUUCGAUCUAGAGUCCUACUUGCAGCUCAACUGUGAGAGGGGGACAUGGAGGUGUCCUGUGUGCAAUAAAACAGCAUUAUUAGAAGGUCUGGAGGUGGACCAGUACAUGUGGGGAAUCCUCAAUGCCAUCCAAAAUUCAGAGUUUGAGGAGGUCACUAUAGACCCUACGUGUAGCUGGCGACCUGUUCCCAUUAAGUCGGAGCUACACAUCAAAGAGGACCCUGAUGGACCACUUGCCAAGCGCUUUAAGACCAUGAGCCCUAGUCAGAUGACCAUGCCCAAUGUGAUGGAGAUGAUUGCUCAGCUAGGACCUGGCCCUGGACCUGGCCCUAUACUUGGUCCCAGCCCUUACCCCCCACACCCUAGUCAACAUCCUGGUGGCAACGGGGGAGAUUACCCUGGAGCAGGCAACAGUUACCACAGCCAAGGGAACUUUGACUUCCCACACGGGAACUCCUCUGGGGGUGGAGUUGGAGGAGGUCCCCCUAUGAAUGACUUCAUCCAUGGUCCCCAGCUCUCCCAUCCUCCAGAUGGUCCUGGUGGUCUCCUCUCCCAGGACAAGCCCCUUAACCACGGCAUGAAUGAUGCAAUGUCCCAUCCCGAUCAGUCACAUAACUCCAUGCAGCACAGCUUGCAUGCGUCUCCCCACUCUGGCAGCCAAUCAGGGCCACCCUUACAUCACAGCGGCCAGUCAGGGCAGCCCUUGCAUCACAGUGGCCAGUCAGGGCAGCCCUUGCAUCACAGUGGCCAACCAUCGCAGCCGCCUCGCCAGUCGCACCCUCAGCCUCAGCCGCAGCCUGGGCAGAACAGUCACCACCACAGCGAUCUGAACUUUAACCCCUCCUCAGACGUGCAGAUGGGUCAGGGAGCCCAGGAUAUGCCUGAACCCUCCCUGGAUCUGCUUCCAGAGCUGGCCAACCCAGACGAGUUACUAUCAUACCUGGACCCUCCAGACCUUCCCGCUAACAGCAACGAUGACCUUCUCUCUCUCUUCGAGAACAACUAGUUCUUCACCUCCCCUAGAAACCCUCCUCCAUUUACAGGAGUCGCAAUGUUUUUGACUGUCCGUCCACAGACACCUCACCGACCUCCUUCAGAUACUUCAAGCCGCUUCCUAUGCUCAUGCACGGACACACAUACACAGUUUAUCAAGAGACAAUGUGUGGCAUAGGAGACGGCUGAAAAGAGUCGCCUGUUUUGGAACUCCAAGGGAGAAUGCAGGAUGGCAACUUAUACCCACACUCCCUUUUUUCCUCGUGUAAAGAUUCCAUGCACCAGUUCCUCCGCCUCUGACUCGAAACACACCAUUUACAGCCAUGUUGGCGGGCACUAAAGUGAUAUUAUAUAUAUACAUAUAUGAUAUUCGUGACUUUUUAAACUGAAAUCUGUGCAGCUAUAAUCAUCAUGUGUAAACAACACAGAGGAGACAGGAGCCUUUGUGGGCUCCAGGAAAAAGUGUUAUAGCUUUGUUUUUUUUUGUUUUUUAAUUAUAAUUUUCCUUUUGUGAAAAAAAACAUUGUCUUGUAAGAGUGUUUUAUCCUAUUUGAAAUGUGUUCUUCCAAAACCUUGGCACAUGCCAUGCCCCUUGACCCCCAGAUUUGUGUGCGUGUGCGUGUGCGUGUGCGUGUGUGUGUGUGCCCACGUGCGUGCUUGCCUACGUGCGUGUUUGCCUGCGUGCGUGAGAGCACUGAAAGGACGAGCUAAAAUGUCCUUGAGUGUCAACAGAGGAAAUGAGCGCACAUUGUGCAAUGUAGUGUGUUGGUGUGUGUCAGUGUGUGUCGGUGUGUAUGUUUACUUGUCCUCUUCUGUUUGCCUGUGAGCGUAUGUGAAAGACAGCGGGGAGAGAAUGUUUGAGAAAGAGGAGGGAAGAAAAAUAUUGAAUGAAAGACAGAUAAAACAAUCCACUUUAAGAGCUGUCUCACUACUUUUUCUCCACCCAGUUUGCAGUCUUUCUUGUGUAUUUAUUUUAAUGUUUUGCUCUUCCUUAUCAAAUUCAGCACCAUUUUGUUCACAAGUGCAUGUGUGCCAAUAGCUCCAGUUGUCUUUGUCCAGCCUAAACGUGCUUGAUCAAAUACUUUUCUCUCUUGUCUUUCUAUUUAUUAUUUUAUUUCAUCAGUUUUUUUUUUUAAAUUGUCCUCCUUUUUUUAUGUGAUUUAUCUUUGUCCCACAUUGAAAUUAAUCAGAUACACAUCACCAAAGUCGUCCCAUGUUUUUUUGUAAGGGGUUGGGCCUGGCUAUAAUGUUGGAUUUCAACAUCCUACAGAAAUCCACAGAAGUUUUUCAAUCACUGUGUUUUCUAGAAACGUCUAUGUGAUUGUUCUGAUCUUUCCUUUUAUGUUUUGUUACUGUUGAACUGCAUCUUUUUGUGAAAAAAACAUCCUGCAUGAUCCAACAGUUUUUCCAGAGCUGUUGUAUAUACCCUUUGUGAAUACUUUGUGACUGUACAGUACUGUACCUAUCUAUUACUGGCAACUACAUGGUACUGUAUGUCUGUCAAGGACUAUACACACUCACUCACUCACACAAACACACAGAAUCCCUUAUAGCCAGUCCAAUUUUGUAAUUGAUCCAAAUGCAGUCUCACUAGCCUUGUGAUGAGUACCUCUGUAUUGUUUUCCAUUACCCAAUGCAUUGUAUAUAUACACAUAUACACAAUGCAUCAGUGAAAAGAAAAUAUUUAAAUUGCUCAGCAGUCAGGUUGUAGGAGUUGUUUUAGUUUUAUGUGUAAGAAUUGCUCAGUUUUAAAUUAGUUCUCUGUCUAAAAUAUUUCCAAAUUUCUCCAAAAAGGAUUUGUUUAACAUCAGUGGAAAAAGUGACCUUGUCCUUCUUAUUUAAAGUGAGAAUGUGCAAAAUGUCCUCUGGAUUGUUUUGAGGCCUGAUAAUGAGCUUUUGAUAACCAUACCUAGCAAAUAGGUUGGAAUUGUGUAUUUUCAUCACAUUUGAUAUUGUUUCAAGUUUUAAGUUAUUGUUUUUGUCCAGUGUUGUUAAGAAUAAUUUGGUUCACAAACUAGUAUGCAGUACAGUCAAUUAAUUUAAAAUAUACUGUAUGUUGUUGCAUAAUGUUCCCCCAUUUAAGAUUUGUAAUCCGUUUGACGAACCAAAUAUGGCUUUACUGAUCUUCGAAGUUGAUCAAAUCACCUGCAUAUAACACACUUGAAGGAUCAGAUGUUGUAUGUGUUUGUUUAUAUGUUUGUUAGAGACAAUGCACUGCCGCAUUGGGAUGUUUUCUUUCCCUACACAGUGUGUAACUGUAACUGCAACCUUUCACAAAACCAUGUCUAGGAAUUUGAGCGACACAAAUUGUACUGUCUGAUGGCAGACAUUGGAAAUUAAGUUGAGGAUUUAAAAGAGAAUGCAAUUAAUAUUGUAAAAUGGGAUUUUGGGGGAGACCCCCUCCUAUUUGCAUACAAGGGGAAGUUGGGGUGGGGUUGGGGAUGUGAGGGAUAUAUGUAUAUAUUGUAAAUGACAGAUAGAGACACGUUAACAGAAAUGUAUUCAUUUUCUCCAGGGGGAGUGUGUAUAGUGUAUUUAGAAUUUGUAAAGCUUGCAUCCUCCUGUCAGACAUUGAAUUGGCUAAAUGAGUCUGUGUUUGAUUGGGUCUGUGCAGACCUCUCUAACCACGCCUGUUCAUUUAUGGAAGAUACUUUAUGUACCCCUCCACGUGGGGUUUCCCAGAAAAAGAAAUUUUUCCUUUGUGUAAUAUUAAACUUCUGUGUAUUUCUCUAUUACCUGUGUACUUUAUAAAGGUGCUACAAAAUUAUUAAAUCCUUUUGAGGUAUAAUUGGGACUUGGACACUGUGAGCUUCGAGUGGCUCUUGUUUCCAAAUUUACAGUUUGUAAUAAUCUUUGUCAAAUUUAUUCUUUUUACGCAAUUUGGCUAAAUAUGCUAUAAAGGUACAAUCUGAAGUGAUUGGUACAACAGGUGGCAGUUGUCUCUUUGGUUUUGUACAUUCGAUGUACAAUCAUUUCAUAUUCUAAACUGGUCAGAAAACAUUGUGAUUUUUAGUCUUGCAAAUCUGUAUGUAGUUAGAUGAAGUGACAUCCUAAUAUUUAUCUAAUAAAUAUGUAUUCAGAUGAAACACAA